AUGUCUUCCCGGACGCCAACCGACCCCUCUCAGAACAAUGUUGGGGGCCACAGCCCAACGGGAUCCUCGAGCGCGCGCGCCAAUGUCGAAGCAACGGCCUAUUAUCAAUCUUUUCUCAACAGACUGCUGGAUCUCAUUGCGCGGGGCGAGCAAGCGUCCGUUGAUCGAGUCAUCGCGCGCAUCCGCGCCGGCGACUCCGAGCACCAGAUCCUCGCCCUCAUCGACCAGGUGCACGGUAACCGCUAUUAA